UAUGAAUAUAAUAAGGAUGGAAUAGGAGUGAUCAACGAGAGAGCAUCAUAGUUUGAAAUGGAGUUUGCUAAUUUAGCAAAGCGGUUGGUGUUGGUUCUUUUGAUGCUAUGGCUGCAAAUCCAUAGAAACAGUGGUUGCUUUGAAGAGGAGAGAUUGGGUCUCUUAGAUUUCUAGGGUUUUGUUGGAUCAGAUGGGUCUGAUGCAGACCAUCUUCUUCCUUCAUGGUUUGAUGAUUCACUCAGUGAUUGUUGUAGAUGGGAGCGUGUUACAUGUAAUUCCACUACAGGUCACGUGACUCAUCUUUUCCUCAAUAAUUCAAGACAAUAUGAUAUACACAGUGAUGCAAUUUAUGAUGAUGAAAAUAUUUGGUUUCUAAAGUUUUCCAUGUUUCAACCAUUUAAGGAGCUGAGAAGUCUAAAUUUAUCCUACAAUAAAAUCGGUGGUUUCAUUGACGAGGAAGGUUUUGAAAGAUUAUCAGGAUUGAAGAAGCAUAUACGAAAGUCCCUUUCCCAUCCAAGAAUUAAGUAAGCUGAAGAACUUGGAAUACUUGGAUGUAAGUGAAAAUUACAUCAAAAGUCCCUUACCAAUUCAAGAUUUCAAAAAUAUCUCCAAGCUUAGCAAAUUGAAGUACAUGGAUUUGUCCUGGAAUGCCUUCAAUACUGAUUUAUUCAGCUUUUCAAACAUAUUUUCUUCGGUUGAAAUUCUAGACUUGUAUGGUAACAGUUUGCGAGGGCCACUGUUAUACCGAGAUAUAGUUAGACUGAAAAAUUUAACGAUGCUCAAUCUCGGCAGGAGCGGAUUAAAUGGAACUCAGCCAAUUCAAAGUUUGUGCAGCUUGACGAGACUUCAAGAGUUAGAUCUCAGCUAUAACUUUUUUGGAGACAAUCUUCUUCCAUGCUUCCAAAAUUUGACAUCUCUGAGAUUCUUAGAUUUAUCCUAUAACCAAUUCACAGGGCAGAUUCCUUCAUCUUGGUUAGCCAGCCUCCAAUCUCUCAAGUAUAUUGAUCUCAGCUAUAAUCUUUUUGAGGGCCAAUUCUCAUUCAAUGUAUUUGCUAACAAUUCCAACAUUGAAGUGGUUAAAUUCGCAAGCGACAACAACAAAUUUGAGGUUGUGAGUAAAUACCCUGGUUGGAUUCCAUCGUUCCAGUUGAAGGUUCUGGUCCUGCAAAAUUGUCUGGACAAUAUGCCUGAAUUUCUGUUUCACCAGUUCAAAUUGAAACUGAUAGACUUGUCUAACAACAAAAUAAAUGGGAGCUUUCCCACAUGGUUGCUCCAGAACAAUGCAGAAUUGGAUCGACUGAUUCUCAAGAAUAACAGUUUCAAGGGUCAAAUUCAUCUGCCAACUUACAGCAGCUUCAAUACUACUAUGUUGGAUGUUUCAGACAAUCAAUUUUUUGGACAACUUCAAGAUAUUGGACAGAUCUUUCCCAAUAUGAAGUUUCUUGAUUUAUCCAGAAAUGGUUUUCAAGGUGAUUUCCUUUUCUCAACUGGCACUGACUGCAAACUGCAAAUUUUGGAUUUAUCGUCUAACAACUUCUCCGGACAUGUACCAGAAAAAUUGAUUUCGGGUUGCACCUCUUUGCAAAUUCUAAGGUUAUCGAAUAACAACUUCCAUGGUCAAAUAUUCACCAGUCGAUUUAACCUUACUGAAUUAGCGAUUUUGCAGUUGAAUGAUAAUCAGUUCGACGGAAGUCUGUCAAGUUUAGUUAUUAAGAUUCUUUUCCUGAGGGAAUUAGAUCUUAGCAACAACUACUUUCAUGGUGAGAUUCCACGCUGGGUGACUAACAUUACAUAUUUUUAUCUGAUGGACCUUUCUCAAAAUUAUUUUGAAGGUCAGCUUUCAUGUGAAAUUUUUUCGGUUGCAUACGUUGACAUUUCUCACAACUCCCUUUCUGGAGCAUUACCCUCUUGCUUCAACGUACGACAUUCAUGGGAUUCACGAGGCCCACAGCAUAUGAAUCUGCAAGGUAAUAGAUUGAAUGGAUCACUACCAGAAGCUUUUCUCAAUUCUUCAAAUAUGUUGACGUUAAACUUGAGAGAGAACGAAUUAUCUGGUAGCCUUCCCAAUAAAUUUGGUGCAUUUCCAAAUCUACGGGUUCUUUUAUUAGGUGGAAAUCGUUUAAAUGGCCACAUUCCAAGUGGUUUGUGCCAACUGAACAACGUCAGCUUAUUGGAUCUUUCAAGAAAUUAUUUUUCUGGGUCCAUACCCCACUGUUUAUAUAAUCUCUCCUUUGGAAGGAAAGAGCUUUAUGGUCAGUUUGACGUAUCCUAUUCUCUAGAUUACACAGGAGAUGAAGUCUACCGUGAAAGUGUCAUAGGCCUGGAAAAGUAUUCGAGCAGUUACUAUAUUUUUACCUCCAAGGUUGAAGAAGUUGAGUUUGUCACGAAACAUAUGAAUUAUGCCUUUAAGGGUGACAUUCUCAACUACUUGUUUGGAUUAGAUUUGUCAGACAACAAUCUUGAAGGUCAGAUUCCAGACCAGUUAGGGAAGUUAUCUCAACUUCGUGCCUUAAACUUAUCCCACAAUUACUUGACAGGAUCCAUUCCAGCAUCUUUGUCAAACCUUACCCAAUUAGAGAGUUUCGACCUCUCUCAUAAUAACUUAAGCGGACAGAUCCCUUCACAAUUGAUAGCUUUACACUUUCUGGCAGUGUUUUCUGUUGCUUACAACAAUUUAUCCGGCAAGAUUCCAGAUAUGAAGGGGCAGUUUAGCACAUUUGAUAAUACCAGCUAAAGGGGAAUCCAUUUCUUUGUGGAGCUCUGCUAGACAAAAACUGCAGCAGUGAUAUUGAGUCGCCCCAAUCACCAACAAGUUUGGCACAUAAAACUGAUGGACAAUGGUACGAAAUUGAUAAAAAAGUCUUUUUUCCAAGCUUUUCAGCAUCUUUUAUCAUAUUUUUUUUGGGAGUCAUUGCUAUUCUGAGUGUCAAUUCUUAUUGGCAACAGAAAUUAUCACACCAUACUGAAAAGUUUUUGUUUUGGUGUUUUUACUUUUUGUAUGAUAUUUUCUUUUAAGUGAUGUACUCUUUUAUAUCAUUGACGGUGUUUGAUUCAGAAACUAUGUAGGAUUCAGAAGCUAAUUAGAGCAUAAUUCAGAAGCUCUAAAGGCUUUUUCUCCAAAACUUUUCCGCUCAUCUU